GAUUAACUUAAAUGACCCCCCAAAAUAACCAUGGUAGCCAUAAUAACAAUUACCAUUGUUACUACAGUUAUUAUUGUUAUUAUUGCUGUCUUAGCUUGACAAUAGAGCCAGACUUGACUGAUUUUGGAUGUUUAAUGUCAUACUUUCUCAACUGCAGUCAAGGCAUCAAUCAGGAGCUCUCAGAUGUGCUGAAUGAACUGUGGAAGCUGGAUGUGAACCGCAUGAAACCUGGAAAAGACUAUAAAAUCAACCUACAGGGGAAAGCUGGCUUUGUAGCUGAGGGUUGUAAUAAAGCCAGGGACAGUGCUAGAGCUUCUCUCUUUGCCUAUAUCAAUGAAAACAAGCUCAAAAGCAUUGCUACUUACACCCACUUCAUGAAUCUGCUGGACAAUUAUGAGAUGUCUACAGGAGUGACUGAGCAUGUGACACAAGAGGAGCUUCGGGAAAACCAUCUUUUCCUGGAUGCCGUUCUGAAGACAGAGGUCAUGAAAUGUGCCCACAGGUAUUUAGUAAGCAAAGGCCGAGCUCAGUCAGAUCCAGCUCAGUUUAAGAGCCAACUCUAUGAUAUCUGGUUUAAGCUCUAUCGCAGAAACAAAAGUGGAGGUGAUGAUUCAUGUGGAUUUGAGCAUGUGUUUGUUGGUGAAACCAAACAUGGUAAACAGAUCAUGGGCCUCCACAACUGGGUCCAGUUUUACCAUCAGGAGAGAAACAAUCAUGUGGACUACAAAGGAUACAAUGCCAGAAAUAACAAAGACACGCCAGACGAGGACGAUCACAUCUUGAACCUGCAGUUCAGCUGGAAUGGCCUGGUCAAGCCGGUGGGCAGUUGUUUCAUUGGCGUCAGCCCAGAGUUUGAGGUGGCUCUCUUUACUAUCGUCUUCCUUCUGUCUGAUGGACGUGUGACCAAUGUUACAGUAAAGGUGGCUGAGUACCUGCUUGAGAUUGUGGUGUACAGAUUUGGGCACUCCAUUGGGACUUCAUACCCCAAAAUGAUCAGCAGCAACAACCGGGAUUUCUAAGUCUUACUGCAAGGUCAUACCUGGUACAAUUUGGAAAAAAAGAGGCUAACUUUGCUAAAGUUGGCUUCAUAAUCCAAAUAAAUUCUACUACAGCUUGAGGUUCUUAAAUCCUUAAUCUUGAACUGUUAGUGUGAAAUAUAUAUGUAACCAAUAUACUUAAAAAAAAAUCUAAUUACAAAUGAUCUGUCCAAUUUUUUAUAAAAAAAUCUAGUUUGUACUAUACAAUUCUGUAUAAUUAUACAGUUAUGUGCAAAUGAAUUGGAAC